GCGCCCCGCACCUCGCAGCUCCGCGCACCGCUUCGCGCUCGUCCUACCUAGCCCAGCACCGCGGUGGGGAGAGGCUCCGCGGCCGGCCCGGGUCUUGCAAAUAGGUGGAUAACAUCCCAGUGGUUCUUCAGGGCUUCCACAGCAAAGUCAAGAGGCACCUCCAGGCUAAUCAAGUCCCCCCAGUCCUGGAGCCGAGAGGUCUCGCUGAGCCAUGAUGAAGCUCCUGCCCAUUGCCCCUGUCCUCCUGCUUCUCCUGACAAUAUUGGAAGCCAGACCAAAAUCUGCAGCCCUGAAGUGCAGGACAGGUCCCCUGGACAUCGUGUUUGUGAUCGACAGCUCCCGCAGCGUGCGCCCCUUUGAGUUCGAGAUCAUGCGGAGGUUCAUGAUGGACAUCAUUGGCAGCCUGGACGUGGGCCCCAACGCCACACGGGUGGGGGUGAUCCAGUACUCCAGCCAGGUGCAGAACAUCUUCUCCCUCAAGACCUUCUUCACACGGGAAGACAUGGAGAAGGCCAUCAACGGCAUCAUCCCGCUGGCCCAGGGCACCAUGACCGGGCUGGCCAUCCAGUACGCCAUGAACGUGGCCUUCAGCGCGCAGGAGGGCGCGCGGCCCCCGCACAAGCGGAUCCCCCGCAUCGCCAUCAUCGUGACAGACGGACGGCCCCAGGACCGCGUCACCGAGGUGGCCACCCAGGCCCGGAACGCCGGCAUCGAGAUCUACGCCGUGGGCAUCCAGCGGGCGGACAUGAACUCGCUGCGGGCCAUGGCCUCGCCGCCGCUGGAGGAGCACGUCUUCCUGGUGGAGUCCUUCGAGCUCAUCCAGCAGUUCGCAAAGCAGUUCCAGGACAAGCUCUGCGGAGUGGACAUGUGCAUGACGCAGGAGCACGGUUGCCAGCACAACUGCAUCAGCACCCCUGGCUCCUUCUACUGUGAAUGCAGUCCUGGCUACAGGCUCAACAUGGACGGAAAGACCUGUUCCUCCAUCGAUGCCUGUGCCGAUGGGAGACAUGGCUGUCAGCACCUCUGUGUCAGCGCUCGUGGGUCAUACUCGUGCCACUGCCACAGGGGUUACUACCUCAACCAGGACAGGAGAAGCUGCUCCAUGAUCGAUUACUGCAGCUUUGGAAACCACAGCUGCCAGCACGAGUGCGUGAGCAUCCCCCAGGGACACUACUGCCGCUGCCGCAGUGGCUUCACGCUGCAGCCUGACGCCAGGUCCUGCAGGGGUACGUCCUGGCACGGAUGUACGGCAGAUCCUUUCAUGUGCUGCCCAGUCCCCGGAGGAAGGGCUGUUGCCAGACCAUCCCUCCUGGACAAGGAUAACCCCGUGACCCUGGCUUGUCUUCCAGCCACUGACCUUUGCAAUGGGGUGGAUCACGGCUGCGAGUUCAAGUGUGUGAGCACAGAGGGCUCCUACCGAUGCAUGUGCCCCGAGGGCCAGCAGCUCCAGGCUGAUGGCAAAGCUUGCAGCAAGUGCGGGUCCGGACACGUUGACCUGGUGCUGGUGAUUGAUGGCUCCAAGAGCGUCCGGCCCCAAAACUUUGAGCUGGUGAAGCAGUUUGUGAACCGCAUUGUGGACCUGCUGGAGGUGUCCCCCCAUGGCACACAGGUGGGGCUGGUGCAGUACUCCAGCCGUGUCCGCACUGAGUUCCCCCUCAACAAGUACCACAGCGCGGAUGAGAUCAAGAAAGCGGUGAUGGAGGUGGAGUACAUGGAGAAAGGAACCAUGACAGGCCUUGCCCUCAAGCACAUGGUGGAGCACAGCUUUUCUGAGUCGGAAGGUGCCAGACCUCUCUCCCACAACAUCCCCAGAAUUGGACUCGUCUUCACCGAUGGGCGCUCCCAAGACGACAUCUCUGAAUGGGCCAGGAGAGCAAAGGAGUCAGGGAUCGUUAUGUUUGCUGUGGGUGUCGGCAAGGCUGUGGAAGAGGAGCUGCGAGCGAUUGCCUCUGAGCCGGUGGACCAGCACUUCUCCUACUCAGCAGACUUCACCACCAUGACCCACCUCGUGGAGAACUUCAAGCUGAACAUCUGCCCAGAGGAAGGCAAAGGAGUGACGGAGAUCCACAGCCCAUGCGAGUGUGAGGCACUGGUGCAGUUCCAGACAAACACUGUGGCCAUCCUGCAGAGCCUCACCGAGAAAAUUGCUCAGAUGACAGCCAGACUCGAGGACUUGGAGAAGCAGCUUGCCCACAAGAAGUAGUGCUUGCAGAGGGCUUCAACACUCAGAUGGGGCACAGGGGACCUACAGUAGCAUCGUGGCAUUGUUAUUGCUAGGUUAUUGUAAAGCAUCAGUGUUUGUUCUUGCAUCACAAAAGCCUGAAGGGGACAUGGAGUGCAUUUAAAAUGACAAAAAUCCUGAAAAGAAAAAAAAAAAAAGGGACUUGAGCAAAACCCCAGCUGCAAAGCCAAGAGGUCCAGCCACCACUGUUGCCUUGUUCCUCCGAAGAGCUGGGGCGAGAAGGGAUGACUAUGGGCAGGGUGGGUGUCAGACAAGGAGACAUGAUACCCAGCCUUUUCCAGGAGUGACUGGGAUGAAGCAGCCCCUAUGCAGACCCCUGGCCUCCAGUGCCCAGAAAGAUGCUUUGCAAGAGAAAAAAACCUUCAGUGAUGACACCCAGAGAGCUUCUGUCAGCUCAGCAUCUGCUGCCACGGUGGGGCAGGGAGAGCCCGGUGCUGCGGGCAGUGCACGGGAAUGGAUGUUGCCAGCUGGCCACCAGCAUAAUGCCUAGGUGUGUGGCCAUGGGAAAGCAGGUGGCAGGAAUCAGCAAUCCUCUUACCCCUGUUUUGGCAGAGGUUUUGGGAACUGGUCAUUAUCUUGUUUGAUUU